GCUGCUUUGUUGCUCUCUGGGCGUUGGGGAUGAAGUAAGUCACCUUCAGGUCGCAGGGCGCUCGGACGACUGGAGCGGCGGCGGCGGUCUGACGAUGGACAGAGACACGAACGGAGAUGCAGCUCAGCCUCCGGCAUCCCACCACGAAAGCACCAAGACUGUGUUCUCCCCCAUGCAGGAUCGACUCCUACGGCUUCGAGCGGCGCCAUGACUUUGACUCCUACAAGGAGAUGAUGAACGAGUACGUGGCCGUGCUCGACAGGAGGUCGACCAGGUGGUCCAAGCUCCUGCAGGACAAACCCAACGUGGAGAAGAAUCUGACGGUGAAAAGAUACGUGCGUAAAGGUGUCCCUAACGAGCACCGAGCCAGGAUCUGGAUGGCGGCGAGCGGUGCUCAGGCACAGAUGGACAGCAAGCCGGGUUACUACCAGUCUUUGUUAGCCGUGGAGCACGAUGCCAGGCUGAAGGAGACCAUUCACACAGACAUGCACCGGACCUUCCCUGACAACAUCCUCUUCAAGAGCCGGACGGAGGAGGGCCUGCAGAAGGAUCUGUUCAACGUGCUGCUGGCCUACGGACACCACAACCCGGCUGUGGGCUACUGUCAGGGGAUGAACUUCAUCGCAGGCUACCUCAUCAUCAUCACCAAGGACGAGGAAAAAUCCUUCUGGCUAAUGGACGCGCUGCUGGGCAGAAUACUCCCGGACUACUACAGCCCGGCCAUGCUGGGACUGAAGGUGGAUCAAGAGGUCCUCGGGGAGCUGGUGAAGACUAAAGCCCCGGCGGUGGGGCAGCUCAUGGCCCAGUAUCCCGGCAUAUGGACGCUGGUGGUGUCACGCUGGUUCAUCUGCCUCUACAUCGACAUCCUGCCGAUAGAGACAGUCCUGAGGAUCUGGGACUGCCUGUUCUACGAGGGCUCCAAGGUUCUGUUCCGCGUCGCCCUGACCCUCGUCCUCCACCACCGGACGGAGAUCCUGAGGGCCCGCUCGCUGCCCGACGUGUGCGAGUGCUUCAAGCAGAUGACCUGUGGCUCCUUCACUCUCGACUGCCACACCUUCAUGCAGAAAAUAUUCACGGAGCCGGGGAGCCUGUCGAUGACAACGGUGCAGAAACUGAGAGAGAAAUGCAGAAAACAAAUCCUGGAGGAGGAAUCCCAACAACCGUGACGUUUAGUAACCCCAUCCCACACUUUUUUCCCCCUCUUUACCACCUAAAGUUAUAAAACAAUAUGAAAAAGGGAUAAAACAGAAGAAUGAAGCCUGUCUUGCUUGCUGCUGGAUAUAUUUGCAGAGAUGUUGGUGGAUUUCUGAUACCCUAAUAGAUAGAUAACACUGUGAUUCAGCAGCCUGGUUGCACAUUUUCUGAGCCUUUUCUUUGGUUUAUUUUUUUAAUGUUUCUGCUUUUCACACGAUGAAGAUUAUUUUAUUAUUUGCAUAAACUCUCAGAACCCCUCAUGUAACUUUAGUCCAUGUUAUUGCUGCAUUGGCAGCUUUUCUUUGUUUGUCUCUUGAGUUGAACUGAAGAAGUAAAAUUGUACAGCUCGA